GGCUUUAUCCGCGCUUUACUCUACCUUUCUACGUGCCCAUCGGCAGCCAAAUAUUUCAUUCAAAAGCCAUGUCUUCCCUUCGCCUCAUCUCGUCUGCCGCUCGUCGCGCGCCGUCGGUCCUCACGCAGGCCAGACGUGGAUAUGCUGAGGUUUCGGAUAAAAUCAAGCUCUCGCUGGUUCUUCCCCACCAGGCCAUUUUCACCUCUACAGACGUGGUCCAGGUGAACGUGUCUGCGGCGACUGGUGACAUGGGUAUUUUGGCUAACCACGUACCAUCAAUCGAAACAUUGCGCCCUGGAGUGGUUGAGGUCAUCGAGUCCGGGAACACUUCGAAGAAGUGGUUUGUCUCUGGCGGUUUUGCCAAUGUCCACCCCAACAACAAGCUUACCAUCAACGUAGUGGAGGCUGCACCUCUUGAUUCAUUCUCACCAGAGGCUGUCCGCUCCAAUCUCCAGGAAGCAUUGAAGGUUGCUGCUGGUAACGGAUCUGAGGAAGUCAAGACGGAGGCUCGGAUAGAGGCAGACGUUUACGAGGCACUGCAGCAUGCCCUUGGUUCAAAAUAAACAUGGUCUUGCGCUUGCAUUGUCUGUAGCGUGAUGCCUUAUAAUUUUAUAAAGAUUUAACCUUGAAUUAUGGCUAUUCGUUAAUUUCCUGGUACUUGCAAUUGGGC